AUGCCUUCCGGGGCCGGCAACACAAUGUCUACCUCUCUUCCACCUGUGGCUAUUCCUGGACAGCGCCUGGGCUCAGUUUCUGUGUAUGCUGCCGGACCGGGCACCCACGUUCAACAGGCCAACAUCUACGCCUCCAUUGCCGGGCCCGUCGUCGUUGAUCCUGCACAGCCCAAGACGCAAACCAAAUCAACUCUGCGCGUGUCAAGAAUCCUUCCUGGCAUAUCCCAAGAUGUAGUUGCAGCUCCGCUAGCACCAGCCAAGCCAAAGCCACGCUACAAUACCCUUCCCGCCGUCGACUCUAUCGUCCUUGCACGAGUAACCCGUGUUCAAAAGCGCCAGGCCACAGUCUCCAUCCUCGUGGUCCUUGACAACGCUACCGCGAGCACGGGCGAUCUCUCCAAGCUGGCGUCGGAUAACGAUAACGUCGCCUCCAUCCUCACCUCCGCCGCCAACCCGGAGAAUCACAGCAGCACUGACGAGCUGCGGUUCCAAGCGCUGAUCCGGAAAGAGGACGUGCGGGCUGUGGAGAAGGACCGCGUCGUCAUGGAUGAAAUGUUCCGUGUCGGCGAUAUUGUCCGCGGCUCGGUCAUCUCUCUCGGUGAUCAGAGCUUUUACUAUCUGACUACCGCGCGCAAUGACCUUGGUGUUGUCAUGGCGCGGAGUGAGGCCGGGAAUAUGAUGUUCCCAGUAAGCUGGAAGGAGAUGAGGGAUCCAGUCACAGGAACUGGCGAGCAGAGAAAGGUUGCUCGGCCUUUCUGA